UCUGGAACGACGCGCGCUGACCCUUAUCGGUCACCAUCCUUUCCGUUUCUGAGGGUCUGGGAGAGGCUGAGGUGGGACUCAGGGGGGUCUGUGGACACAGAGGCAAAGUGUUUAGAGACGUGGUACCGUGGUUUUCUCCAGUGGUGAGGAGCGAGGCCAUCGCCAGUUGACUGUUUUUGUUAUCUGCAAAUAAUUUUGGUCAGGUGGCAAGUGUAUGGACUGUGGAAUAAGAAGAACCUGCUUCUGCCUCUGACUUGGGUUCUAGUCCAGGGGAACGAGGCAUUAUUGGUCCUAGAAGGAGGAGGUUCCAGGCCUGGGAGAUCAUCAUUUCUGGCAGCAGCCUGACCUGAGAUACCUUGACUAUAUCUUCUGGGCAGGCCCAGAGCAGACAGAAGACAGAGCAUAUCCUGGAGUUUCUAGCCCUUUUUUAAGAACAAGAGAAAAUGACCAAGGCCCAGGCACCGUUAUCAUUUGAGGACGUGGCCGUGAGCUUCUCCCGGGAGGAGUGGCGGCUCCUUGUCCCUGCCCAGAAGGACCUGUACCGGGACGUGAUGCUGGAGAACUACAGGAACCUGGUGUCAGUGGGUGCCCAAGCUAAAAUACUUGGUGGCAAGUCUUCAGUGAUUUCCCAUUUUACAGGAUACCAAGCCAGCGAACCAGAUUCACUCUUCCAUUUGGAGCAUGGAGGACCACUGUGGGCAGUAGAGGGAGCAGCUCCGAGGCCACCCUGUCCAGGCUAUCCAGCUACCAACCCACAUAUGAUCCUUAAUUUUGAGCACGGAGGGAAGCCAUGGAGCAUAGAAGAUGAAAUGCAAUGUCAGUACUCUUCAGGGAAGAAACCAUAUGGAUGCAGUGAAUGUGCAGUGAACGCUUUUGAACCACUCAUGACUGUGCUUCAGAGAACUUGUGCAGGAAGGAAAUCCCAUGAAUGCACUGAUUGUAGGAAAGCCUUUCCCAGUAAGGUGAAGCUAAUAAGUAAAGCUACUCAUCAGCAGACUCACACAAGGGAGAGACCGUUCGGGUGCAGUCAAUGUCAAAAAGCCUUCGUUACAAAGUCAGCACUCAGCUUUCAUCAGAAAACUCAUCAUAGAGAAGGGAAAUCCUAUGCAUGCAGUAAAUGUGGGAAAGCUUUUCCUUGGAAGUCAAAACUCAAAUUACAUCAGAGAACUCAUUCGGGAGAGAGACCUUUCAGAUGCAGAGUAUGUGAUAAAGCCUUCAUGGUUCAGACACAUCUGACUGUACAUCAGAGAACUCACACAGGAGACAGACCAUAUAAAUGCUUGGAUUGUGAAAAAGCGUUCUCAAAAAAGGCUCAGCUCGUAAUCCAUCAGCGAAUUCACACAGGAGAGAGACCAUACAGAUGCAGUCAAUGUCAGAAAGCGUUCAUUACAAAGUCAGCACUCAUCUAUCAUCAGAAAACUCGUCAUAGUGAAGGAAAAUCCUAUGGAUGCAGUAAAUGUGGGAAAGCUUUUCCUUGGAAGUCAAAACUCACCUUACAUCAGAGAACCCAUUCGGGAGAGAGACCUUUCAGAUGCAAAGUAUGUGAUAAAGCCUUCAUGGUUCGGACGCAUCUCACUGUGCAUCAGAGAACUCACACCGGAGAGAAACCAUAUGAAUGCUUGGAUUGUGAGAAAGCGUUCUCAAAAAAGGCUCAACUCAUGGUUCAUCAGCGCAUUCACGCAGGAGAGAGACCCUAUGAAUGCAGUCAGUGUCAACAAGCCUUCAUCCAGAGGUCAGAUUUAACUAAUCAUAAGAAAACUCAGCAUGCAAUAGGGAAAUCUCAUGGAUGCGGUGAAUGUGGGAAGGUUUUGUCCUCUAAGUCAACUCUCGUUAUACAUCAGAGAACCCAUACAGGUGAGAAGCCCUUCAAGUGCAGUGUAUGUGAUAAAGCCUUCACAUCAAAGGCACAUCUUAUUGUCCACCAGAGAAUUCAUACAGGAGAGAAACCAUAUGAAUGUUUGGAUUGUGAGAAAGCCUUCUCCACUAAGGCACAUCUUAUGAUUCACCAGCGAAUUCACACAGGAGAGAGACCCUAUGAAUGCCGUGAAUGUCAACAGGCUUUCAUCCAGAAAUCAGGUCUCACUAACCAUAUGCAAAAUUGUCAUGCAAGAGUGAAAUCUCAUGGCUGCAGUGAAUGUGGAAAGGUUUUGUCCUGUAAGUCAACUCUCAUUAUACAUCAGAGAACCCAUACCGGUGAGAAGCCUUUCAAAUGUAACGUAUGUGAUAAAGCCUUCACGGCUAAAUCGUAUCUCACUGUCCAUCAGAGAAUUCAUACAGGAGAGAGACCAUAUGAAUGCUCUGAUUGUAAGAAAGCAUUUGCUACUUUGUCAACUCUCAUAGGUCACCGGAGGACUCACACAGGAGAGAGGCCCUAUGGAUGCAAUGAAUGCCAAAAAGCCUUCUUUCGGAAGUCAGCUGUUCUUAAUCAUCAGCAAACUCAGCAUAGAGGAAAAGUGUCUAUGCAGUGACCAUAGGAACAUGAGAAAUAGGUUUUGAUGAGUCAGUCCUCUCUGUUCAGAGAACUCAUUCAGAAUAGAAAUGCCAUGAAUGCUGUGAUUAUAGUAGACCUUUCUGAAACUUCAAUAGGAAGUAAACCUUAUAGAUGCAAGGAAAGUUGUAAGCCUUUCAUCCGAAGACUCCUCUCAGUAUACCACAGGGAUCUCACCAAAAGAGAGAAACAUUAUAAAUGCAGUGAUUGUCAAAAAUUUCAUUCGGGGGCCUCUGGGUGGCUCAGUCAGUUAAGCGUCAGACUUCAGCCUAGGUCAUGAUCUCGCCAUUCCAGAGUUCGAGUCCCACGUUGGGCUCUGUGCUGACAGCUCAGAGCCUGGAGUCUGUGUCAGAUUCUGUGCCUCCCUCCCCCCUUCAAAAGUAAACAAACAUUUAAAAAAUGUCAUUUGGAAGACGCUGUGCAUUUAGGAGGCAAUACCUGUGAGAUGCAAGGAAAGUGGGAAAUCAAUUUCAAAUCAUUUUCAAAGCACAUUUGUUAUACUUUAGGGUAUUCGUUCAGGAGAGGGACCCUAGAGUUGCAGUGAGUGUAGAAAAGCCAAGGAAAAUCACAUCUCAUUGUACAUAAAAAUAAAAAUUACAAGAAGGUUGUGAUAAAGGACUUACCAUUCUCUGGAAAGUCAGACUCGUUGACCAUCUUGUGCAGGAGAGAAAUACUGUGAAUGUGAUACAGUCCUCCAAUUAAUGCAUAUCUUUGUACAUCAACAAACUUGUGUAGGAGGAAAACCCUAUUAAUGUAGCAAAUGUAGUAAAGGCUGCAUCUAGACGUCAGAGCUCACUAAUUAUCUGCAAACUCAUAUAGUAGGUAAAUCCUUUGGCCACAAAACUCAUUGCAUAGCAAGAAAGAAAUGCCAUUAAUUACACUGAUUAUCUAAAAUGCUUUAUUUACAAUGGGGUUCCUGGGUGGCUCAGUCGGUUAAGUUUCCGGCUUCGGCUCAGGUCAUGAUCUCACAGUUUGUAAGUUUGACCCCUGUGUCAGGCUCUGUGCUGACAGUGUGGAGCCUGGACCCCAGAGCCCGCUUUGAGUUCUGUGUCUCCCUCUCUCUCUGCCCCUCCCCUGCUCACAAUCUCUCUCUCUCUCUCUCUCAAAACUAAAUAAACAUUUAAAAACAUUUAAUACUUUAUUUACAAUUCAGAGAUUUUUAAAUUGCUUUUUAUUUUUUAUUUUUAUUAUUAUUUUCUUGAGAGAGAGAGAGAGUACAAGUUGGGGAGAGGCAGAGAAAGGGAGACACAGAAUCUGAAGCAGGCUCUAGGCUCUGAGCCAUUAGCACAGAUCCCAAUGUGGGGCUCAAACUCACGAACUGCAAAUCAUGACCUGAGCUGAAGUCAGAUGCUUAACCGACCGAACUACCCAGGCGCCCCUACAAUUCAGAGCUUUUUAAAAAUAAUUUCAUAUCUUGUUGAACAGAUGGAUCUUUCACCACUUCUGAAAUGUAAAGCUAAAAUAAGACUUUAAGAAUGUA